CAAAACAUUGCCCAUGCUUGUCGUGCUUUUACGUUCUGUAAAACUAAACAAAAAAAUGCUUCUUUAGUGAACUAUCACAGAGUAAUGUGCUGUUAUUAUAUAUUGUGACGUUGUUCCAGUACUCUGCCAAUAUGUCGGAGAAGACAAGUAGUCGUGUUUUCACCGGUUCACGAGUUUUAGGUUAUGUCAGCACGCACGUUCCCUUCGUUGCCAGAUUUAUUAAAAGACGCGGCGAAACUCUUCUUUGUACGAGUGUAGGCAAGUGGUUCCACACCUAUGGUUGUGAUAAGUUUCGUCUGCUGAGUGUAAGCGGUGAGCAUCCCGGGCCUAUAACAUGUAUGAGCGGAGAUAACUUCCAUGUUUACACCGCGAGUGAGAGUAAUGUUUACGCUUGGAGAAGAGGCUGUGAACUCAAGCACGUGUACAAAGGUCAUAGCGCCCCCAUUCAUCUAAUAUUUCCCUUUGGAAUUCACCUCAUUUCUAUAGAUGAAGACAAUGUAUUGAAAGUUUUUGAUAUAAAGGAAGAAUCGCAGUUUUUGGAGCUUGAAUUUGAUGAGCAGCAUUUCAAAGUGUCUACACUUUGUCACCCUCCCACUUAUCUCAACAAAGUGUUGCUUGGAAGCCAGCAAGGGCAACUACAGUUAUGGAACUUGAGAACAUCAAAACUGGUGUUUACAUUCAAAGGAUGGGGAAGUGCCGUAACUAUUACGGAGCCUGCUCCUGCAGUGGACGUGGUCGCCAUAGCUCUAGCUAAUGGGAAGAUCAUCCUGCACAAUCUGAGAUAUGACCAGAUGGUUGUGGAUUUCACACAUGAUUGGGGGAUGGUCAGUAGUUUAUCGUUUAGACUUGAUGGGGUUCCUGUAAUGGUCACGGGCAGUACAGAAGGCCACAUUGUCAUGUGGGACUUGGAAGAAAAGAGAGUUGCAUCUCAAGUGGAGUCUGCUCAUUCAUCUAAGAUAGCUGGUUUACAAUGUUUGAUGUCAGAGCCCCUUAUGGUGACUAACUCUGAAGACAACUCUUUAAAGUUAUGGAUAUUUGACCUCCCUGAUGGUGGUGCUAGACUUCUGAGGAAAAGAGAGGGUCAUUCCUUGCCUCCCAACUUGGUUCAGCAUUGUGAACCGACGGGAGAGAAUAUGUUAGCAGCAGGCAGUGACAGUAGUCUCCAUAUCAUGAAUACUGUCACAGAGACCUUUAACAAGAGCAUGGGGAAAGCCUCUCAUAACAGGAAAGCUUCUAAGAAAAAAAAUAGACUUCAAAAAGACUAUUUGGUUUUGCCUCCAAUCACCAAACUAAGUUCUUGCAUGCAAAGAGACAAGCAAUGGGACAGCAUAGCAUCUCUUCACGAGGGGUUAUACAUGGCUACAACAUGGUCAUACAACAAGAUCAGGAUGGGUGAUCACAAGCUCAAACCACCACAGGCUGAGAAGGGAGUCACUGCUACUUGCUUGACUGUUACACAUUGUGGAAAUUUUGUUAUAAUUGGUUACAGCAAUGGUCAGGUUCAUAAGUUCAACAUGCAAUCUGGUAUUCACAGAGGUUUCUAUGGUAAGGAGAAGAGAUUGGCUCACAAAGGGGCAUUGAGGGGAGUAGAGACUGAUCUCUGCAACCAGAGGGUUAUCACUGUUGGGGCUGACGAUAAACUGAAGUUCUGGCAUUUUAAAUCAGCUACAUCUCCCUACCACGUAAUGCGACUAGAGGAAUCAGUAUCAAGCACAAAAUGUCACAGAGACAGUGGUCUGUUGGCCCUCGCGAAUGAAGUCUUCACAAUUACACUCAUUGACAUCGACACUAUGAAUAUUGUGAGGAAGUUCGAAGGACACUUAGGCAAAAUUAACGCUAUUGACUUUGAUUGUCAGAGUAGAUGGUUGAUCAGUUCAUCAAUGGAUUGUACUGUGUGUACUUGGGACAUACCAAGCGCUAAAUUAGUCGACAUAUUUUCUGUGGAGCAACCGUGUACAUCGCUGAGUAUGUCGCCUACGGGUGACUACCUCGCGACGACACACGUGGGCGAACUAGGCGUAUUCCUCUGGGCCAACAGGCUGCUCUACGAACGAGUCUUCCUCAAACCCAUCGACAGAAGCGCCGUUGACAUCCCCAGAUUAAAACUUCCAAACACGGCGCCCGAGAAACCAAGCAUCGAAGACAUAGGAGCUAUAGAUCUUGGAGAGGAACCAGAGUACAAGUCCCCCGUACAAAUUAGCGAAGAAUUAAUAACAUUGUCAGGUCAACCUACGUCUAGGUGGCUGAACUUACUCAAUUUAGAUGUUGUGAAGAGACGAAAUAAGCCCAAGACGCCAUUGACAGUGCCGAAGUCCGCGCCGUUCUUCCUACCCACUAUCCCUAGUAUAGAAUUGGAGUUUGACUUGGAGAAAGACAAAGAUGGAAACAAAGAUACUAAACUUCUAAUACCGGAUAGUUUAUCCACAUUAACAGUCUUUGCGAAGAAACUGGUCUCUUGUGACGACGAAGAAGGGUAUGAAAUGUGUAUAGAGAAGCUAAAACUUAUGGCUCCCGCAGCUAUUGAAGCUGAAGUGACGAGCAUGGCCCCCGAUGCAGGAGGUUCUAUACAAGUCAUGAAACAAUUCCUUGUUAUGGUAGGUACUAUGCUGAAAACGAAUCGAGAUUUCGAACUGGCACAGUCAUACUUGAGUUUGUUCCUGAAGACGCACACAAAUACUAUAGCCCAGGACGAAGAGCUACGAAACAUUCUAGAUUCCGUGGAGGAAACCGCAACGAAAGCAUGGUCGAGACUGCAAAGUCAGCUCAUGUACAAUAUAUGUGUUGUUAAAGCAUUGAAGGAUAUGUAAAGUAAUAAAGUAUAAUUUCGUUUACUUAUAAAAUAUAA